GUUAGGGAUUGUGCCAACCUCGCUUAAUAUAUUUUUUAUUAUAUAGUAAAGACAAACCUACUGGGUUACAAUCGGGUUAACUGUUUUUCAUGGUGGAAUGGCAGAAGAAAAAAAUGAAAGGGUCUCUCAAGGUAGCGCUAAUAUGAAUAGUUGCUGUGAGGCGUUACGAAAGCAAAUUUGCGAAAUUGAAAAGCAAAAUCAAUCACUUAAACAAAAGAUAAGAACAGCUAAAAAAACAAUAACUCGACUGCGCUUAGAAAGAAGUUUUCUUUUCGACAAACUGGAGCGAGUAGAAUCUUUAUCCACUCAAGAGGAGGUACCUUUUAGUGACGUGUGCCAAGACUCGUUUAAAACGCACUCUUUGGAAAAAGGGCGAGAAGUGGAAAAAAAUGGGAGACUCCCCAGCCACAGCAAGAAAGCGCCUAAUUUUAAAGCGAGACGUGAUCCCAAAGGCCCUCGCCGCCCCUUAAGUGCCUUUUCAUGGUUCUGCCAGCAACGAUUCGCCGAUUUGGCGAACAAUUUAUCUACCCAAGAGGUGAACAAUGCGCUGAGAACUUCUUGGAAGGACCUAGACUCUUCCGAAAAAGAAAAAUUUUUUCAACUUUAUGAGCAAGACAAGAAAAGAUUUGACAAAGAAAUGUUGGAUUGUGAGGAACAGUGAGAAAUUCUCAAAAUAAAUUUUGAAAAUACCAAAAUUCAAUACUACUUAGUUUGUAGGCAUCAAAGGCGAGUGUACGAUAAGCAAAGUCAAAAAGA